CUAGGAGUGCCACCGCACCAAUUGACCAUUUUAGACCCACAUAACUGAGAUAGCCUUCAGAAUCUAUGUAUUCUAACACGACCGCAAGGCCUGCGCCAGCCAGCCGAGCAGUGGAAUGCUAGUUCCUUGUAGCCAUGGGUGGGAAUUGCGCAGAGGACCCCGAGCCUAGACAGCGACAACCAGAAAGUCGGCCGCCAAUCGCCCCGCGGAAGCGAUAUGUACAGUCCAAGGUUGGAUGCAGGACUUGCAAAAUCCGUAAGAUUCGUUGUGAUGAGACUUGGCCUAUCUGUCGAAACUGCUCUAGGACCGGCCGUCGCUGCGAUGGCGUAUCGAAGCCCGCCAACAGCGAGGACCGUCUAACAUUCACGGCCCCCUUGACUUUGUCUAGUUUUCGGCCCAGCCAGAUGGGCUGGCUUGGCCAACGAGAGCUACUAUGUCUUGACCUGUUCCGCCAACGGCUUAUAUACAGCAUCAUGGGCUACGUCGCACGGCCAGCCUGGAAACAGCUGAUCCUCCAGGCCAUGCAUGAAGACGCUGCACUCUGCCACGCCGUGAUCGCUUUCAGUGCGCUCGACUGUGGAGAGGAUGACUCGAGCGAGAAGCAGGAGAAUAGCAAGCGCGUAGCUUUGCGAUCCAGGCCUAGUAGUCGGUUUGCCCUGGAUCACUAUGGGAAGGGCAUCACUGCCCUGCGUCGUCUAAUCAGUCAAGGCGAUAGCCGUUCCAUCAAUGUCGCUUUGCUUUGCGCGCUGCUCUGCAUUUGCUUUGAGCUUCGAAUGGAUGAUCCUCGCAUGUGUCUCAGUCACCUCGAGUACAGUCUGGGGAUUCUUAAUUCAAAUCUGUCAUCAGUUGAGCGCGAUAUCUGCCUCGCCUUCUCCAGACUGGAUCUCCAGGCCACUCUAUAUCUUGGGCUCCGGUCGCCCACAUUGGACCUUGGUCGUUUCUCUGCGCACAACUUCGUUUAUGAAACCAUUUACCAGGAAGCGGACCAUGUCCUGACGCUCAUGAUAUGCCGCAUCUAUGAGUUCCUUCGCGCCACGGGGGACGACUUUCGGUAUCGACAGCCUGGGCCGUUGCCAAUGGACGUCAUAGCCAAAGCAGAAUCCCUCGAGUCACAGCUCCACCGCUUCCAUGACAAAUAUUUGGCCCCGUAUACGCCGGCUGUAGAUGGUGAGCCAUUGGAGAUGUCGGAAGAUCAGGUUUCGCUGUUGCGGAUCCGGUACUUGACAGCUCUCAUCGUGAUAUCCACGGGCCUGCACGCCGAAGAGGCCAUAUACGACCGUUUUCUCCCACAAUUCUGCACACUCGUUAAUUUAACGACGGACAUUAUGGACCGUCGCGAUCCCAGUCCGCCUCACCAAGUCGGCUUCUCCCUCGAUGGAGGUCUAAUUCACCCCCUUUAUAUGGCGGCCACAAAAUGCCGCAGCCCGGAAGUUCGACGGCGGGCCAUCGAGCUUCUCUAUUCAUUUCCCGGCUCCGAAGGCGCCUGGGAGGGGGCCAUGUUGGCACGAAUCUCCGAGCGGGUCAUGGAGGUUGAAGAAGGUGGACUGGAUAUGGAAGUGGUUAGCCUUGACGGGACAGAGCUGCUACCGAUCCCCGAAUUCCGCCGCAUUCACUCUGUCGAUAUCGAAACUCACUAUGCGGAGAAGUAUUCCGCAGUUUCUUUCCGCAGCCAACCUAACGGUUUGGACGGCGAAUGGGAGGAUGUCGUGGAGAUUUUCGCAUGGUAAUCACGACGAGGCGAGGUGGAAUAGGACAGGCGUGGGAAUUAGAUCCUGACGCCGCAAGGCGACGAGUAUGCGCGGACUGCUGCAUUUUACCCUUUUUCGGCGUUGAUGAUUUUUGGCCAAGAUAAUGUGG